AUGAGAAACUUGGUGGAGGAGCUGUCCCAUAGAGGUCAUGAGAUUGUUGUGGUUGUCCCAGAUACCAACUUUCACUUUAAGAAUUUAGACCUAUUCACAGUGAGAACUUUUUCGGCUCCCUACACCAAAGAAUAUAUUGAAUUAAUGAUAAAAGACUAUACUGAUUCAGUGUUUGUAGAGAGGACAGCCUUACAGAAAGCAAUGUAUAUGUAUGAUAGGAUGAUGAAUUUGACAAAUUUUUGUGUAGUAGCAUGUCAGAACCUUCUUUACAAUGAAACUCUUAUCAAUGAUUUGGAAACACGCAAGUUCGAUGCUAUGUUGACUGAUCCGGUUUUCCCAUGUGGAGAGAUAAUAUCAGAACAUUUAUCUAUUCCAACUGUGUUCUUCAUGAGAGCGGCUUUAUUUGGGGUUCACCAGGAAGCAUCCCAGUCUCCCAGCCCACCUUCCUAUGUGCCAAGAUUCUUCACUGGGUACUCUGACCACAUGACCUUCAAGGAAAGAAUGAAGAACAUAUUGUUGAGAUAUGCUGAGCUGAUUAUGUGCCAUUUUGUCUAUACUCCUUUUGCCCAACUGGCAUCAAAUUUUCUGCACAGGGAGGUCACAGCUGUUGACCUUUUUAGUCGGGCUUCAAUCUGGCUAUUAAGACAUGACUUUGUCUUUGAAUUUCCAGGACCUUUUAUGCCAAACAUGGUAUUUAUAGGAGGAAUCAACUGUGCCAAGAAGAAGCAUCUAAACCAGGUAGAAACGAUGGGUGUUGAAUUGCUAUUUGCAUCUCUUAACCUAGAAAUGUGA